AUGCAGCUUCGCGAACUCAGUUCGAGAACAGUGCAACAACAAAAUUUGACUGGCUCUUUUUCCGUCGACCGUGACCUUGUCUAUUUUGGUCCUUUAUCACAACAUCUGAGGCGUUUUAAGCUAUACGCGAUACUUAUAAGCGUUUCUGGCGCAAUUCUGAUUCCUAUUGUGCUAAUGCACGGAAAAGAAGUUUAUGGUAGUUUAGCCAUGGCUUUUUUAUCAUCGAUAGUACCAGUUGUCGUCGUGAACGCAUUGAGUUCACCAUACGUCAAUCGACUAUACAUUGAGAUUCCGCGACACGUUCGUUUCAAAGCAAAACAAAACCCAUUUGAUCCAACAAUAUUGACAAAAGACGGGAACCCCAUAAUUACAUUCGAGACUUUUAAUUGGCGAGGCAAACCUGUGGAGACUAAAGUCCCGUUAAAUGAGUUACAGGAGUCAACACGUAAAUUGAAGUAUGUGACAUGGGAAAGAAUUAGAUCGAAGAAUAGUGAUAAUAGUGGUCGUGGCUUUUUUG